AUGACAAACGAAGUAACACUACACAACCAUCCUCUGCCUUCACAUGUUCAAAUUCAACCUUUGGUAUUCGCAUUGAAUCGGAAGCGGGUAACAAUUUCACCAUUCGAUCGAUCGAUUCCAUUUGAUGCAACUUUAUUGGAAUACCUACGUGAACAUGCAAAAUUACCCGGAACCAAGCUAGGAUGCGGUGAAGGAGGCUGUGGAGCUUGUACAGUUGUUAUCUUGCGUCAUAAAAGCGUCUCAAUUCGAAAACAAGAAGAGGAAGAAGGAACGGGAAAUGGAUUACCAUACGAGAUUAAGGCGGUCAAUGCUUGUUUAAUGCCUUUGAUCGCAGUCCAUGGCGCACAAGUGAUCACUGUUGAAGGAAUAGGCAGCGCAGCCAACCCACAUGCUGUUCAACAACGCUUAGCUUUCUUAUUUGGGUCACAAUGCGGAUUUUGUACUCCAGGUAUCGUGAUGAGCUUUUAUGCUACUUUACGUAAUGCGGGUAAGAACGGUCUUUCUGAGCGGGAAAUUGAACGAAGUAUGGAUGGAAACUUGUGCAGAUGUACAGGCUACAGACCCAUUCUUGACGCUCUGAAAACGUUUGCCAAGCCAUUAGCAAGUACGCCCGAUUCGAGCUCGACAGAAGGAACAUCCUGUGAUUGGGAGACAGAAGCAAUCCAAGCUAGACGACGUGCGGAUAAUGAUGCAAUGGAUACAUUCACAUGUCCUAAAGGAGAAGAUUGUUGUCGGGUGAAGAAUCGUUCUGCUUCUCCAUCUGCUGAGUCUUCUUCUUCUUCCGUCUCUUCCGGUCAUGAUUCCGCACAAGAGGAUGAUCUGUUACCGUAUGAGGCAUCUAGCGAGCCGAUAUUCCCGCCAUGGCUAUGCAAGGUACAAGAGUCCGAUCAAUGGGGUCGAUCAAAAUACGAAGCACAAGAUCUAGCAUUCAUUGACAUUUCAUGCAUUCGAAAUGGGGAAGAAUUCGAAGAAGAAGAGGAAGAAGAACAACUACCAAAGAAGCACGGCACGAUAUGGCUGCGACCGAGUACUGUUACCUCACUUCUAUCGAUGAUUCGAUUUUACUCUGAUAAAGGACAAGUGGUAAAAAUGAGAUCGGGUGAUUCUGAAUGCCGGAUAGAGGUGAAAUUUCUCAAGAGACAAUACGAUGUCAACAUCUUUGUCUGCAAUUUGCCUGCACUUUCAUUCGUCAAGAGAACAGCGAAUGAACUUAGCAUCGGUGCAAAUAUGCCACUUCAAGAUGUCAUGGGUCAAUUGCGUACAUUGAUGCGGAAGGAAAAGGAUGAAUAUGCCAAACAGGUAUAUCGUGCUAUCUUGAGCAAUGCUGCUCACUUUGCAUCUACGCAGAUCCGUAAUGUAGCCUGCAUUGGUGGUAAUGUUGCAACGGCUUCGCCUAUCAGUGAUUUGAACCCUGUCUGGAUGGCUGUGGGUGCAACGGUGAACUUUUUGGAUGCAUACAGUGCAAAUGAACAAAGUGACGAUAACUCACUCAUCUCGUCAACAUCUCAAGUCGCAAUGUCGGAAUUCUUCAAGGGGUACCGCAAGACUGCUCUGUCCUCAUCAGGUGUGAUCACUCACCUCACAAUCCCACUUCAGAGCCCUGCCUCCCCGUCCCGUCGUCGAUUCGUCCGCGCUUACAAGCAAGCAAAACGAAAAGACGACGACAUUGCUAUUGUUACUUGCUGUCUGUAUAUUGACGUUGAGCAAGAGACACACGAACGCGACGAAUGGAAAGUCGUUGAAGCAAGGUUGGCAUACGGAGGUAUGGCACCUACUACUGUGUUUGCAAAAGCUACGCAAGAUGCACUCAAAGGUCAAGCGAUCAUCGUUGACGAUCAAGUGAAUCAUGUGCUAUUGUCAAAAUUGCUCGAUUGUAUGUCACGAGAAGAUUUUGAUUUGAAAUUUGGCGUACCAGGUGGAAUGGCUGUAUAUCGAAAAUCAUUGGCACUUGGGUUUUUGGUCAAAUUCAUCGCGGAGAUGUCUGAUGAGCUGCAAUCAAACAACGAAGAAGUGAAAGAUGCUCUAGACUCCCUUCCGUCUUUCGCUCAAAUUGCUUCUAGUCAUCUUCAAAGACCGAUCACUCGCGGCUCGCAACAUUACGAUAAUCCUGUAUCAACCACAAAGAAUGGAUCAGGCGCUAGUGUCCCACAUCUUUCGGCAUUGAAACAAUGUACGGGAGAAGCAGAGUAUGUUGACGAUCAUGCUCCUUUGAGUGGUGAAUUGGCAGGCGCUUUGGUCUUGACUACGCAAGCCAAUGCCAAAAUUCUCAACAUCAAUCCAAAUCCCGCCUUGGCUCCUCAUGGUCCAGCAACACAUUUUGUCGGGUUAGAAGAUUCGAAAAAGUUGGGAGGAAAGAACAAAUGGGGUCCUCCUGCUUUUGAUGAUCACUUCUUCUGUGAUGGAUUUUCAGAAGCUGUUGGAUUGGUGGUUGGAGUUGUACUUGCGCCAACACGCAGGGAGGCAUUAGAUGCUGCACGUAUGGUCAAAGUCGAAUAUGAAAGUCUUGGUGAGCCAAUUCUGGAUAUAGAUGGAGCAAUUGCAAAGCAAAGCUACUUUUCCUGCAGACCAAAGAUUCAACAAGGUGAAUCAGAAGCAUUUGAUGAUUGGAGCGAUUGCGAUCAUGUGAUCGAAGGUGAAACGCGUUUAGGAGGUCAAGAGCACUUUUACCUCGAGACGAAUGCAGUUCUUUGCAUUCCAGGAAAAGAAGAUCAACAGAUGGAAGUUUGGUCAAGCACACAAAACCCAAACGAAACACAAGCAGUUGUGGCGGAUAUAAUCAACGUUCCAACCAAUCGAAUUCAUGCACGUACAAAACGAUUGGGAGGAGGCUUUGGUGGAAAAGAAUCAAGAAGUUGUGUCUUGGCUGCUCCAAUGGCUUUGGCAAGUUAUGUUAGUGGAAAGCCUGUCAGAUGUAUGUUGGACAGAGAUGAAGAUAUUGCCAUUUCAGGUCAAAGACAUCCGUUCAAAAGUGUAUGGAAGUUAGGAUUCAUGAACGAUGGCAGGGUACGCAAAUUAGACGCAAAAGUGUACAAUAACGGUGGACGGAGUCAAGACUUAUCAAGAGCAGUUGUUGAACGUGCAAUGACGCACAUUGAUGGUAUUUAUCGUUUUGAUGCAAUGCGUGUUCAUGGUUUCGUUUGCAAAACCAACACCGUGAGCAAUACGGCUUUCCGUGGUUUCGGUGGUCCACAAGGUGUGAUGAUCAUUGAGGAUGCUAUGGAAAAAGCUGCUCGAUCGAUCGGGAUGCCAGCAGAACAAAUGCGUAUGGUCAGUAUGUCGAAAGAAGGUGAUCCAGUGCAUUACGGUCAAAAGCUUUUAGACUUCAACAUCCCGCAAAUGUGGGAAACAAUUACUAAAACGUCAGAUUUCAAAGCACGACGAGCUGCUGUUGAUCAAUUCAACUCUGUCAACCGAUGGAAGAAGCGAGGUAUCACCAUUAACGGAACUCGAUUCGGUAUUUCCUUCACAGCCUUACACUUGAAUCAAGCGAGAGUACUUAUUCACAUCUAUGCACAUGAUGGUAGCAUCAUGCUAUCUCAUGCAGGAACAGAGAUGGGUCAAGGACUGAAUACAAAGAUUGCACAGAUUUGUUCAACAGAAUUGGGAGUCCCUCUAGAGAAAAUUCAUAUCGCUCAAACAUCCACACGGGAGGUCGCAAAUGGAUCACCAACGGCGGCAUCCGCAAGCAGUGAUUUGAACGGAGCUGCUUGCAAAGAUGCUUGUGAUCAAUUGAAUGAACGAUUGACACCUUUCAAGAAAGACGGUAAAACGUUUGAACAGGCUGUUCAUAAUGCAUACUUUGCACGUGUGAACCUUUCAGCUGUUGGACAUUAUCGUACGGAUGUGAAAGGGAUGGAUUGGGAAGAAGGAAAAGGAGAACCUUUUGCAUAUUGGACACAAGGUGUUAGUGUGGCAGAAGCGGAGAUUGAUGUCUUGACAGGUGAUUCACGUAUUGUAAGAACAGAUAUUAUCAUGGAUAUCGCAAGAAGUAUAAAUCCUGGUAUCGAUGUCGGUCAAAUUGAAGGCGCAGUAAUGCAGGGUAUCGGAUUGGUGACUACAGAAGAGAGUCUAUGGAGAAAGAAUGGCUCGAUCGCCACCACUGGUCCUGGAAAUUACAAAAUACCGGCCUUCCUUGAUACGCCAGGAGAUAUGCGAGUGUCGUUCAUGAAACGUGAUGAAGGUAGAAAAGCGCACUUCCUCAAAACGGUCCAAGGCAGUAAAGGUGUGGGAGAACCACCACUUUCGCUUGGUGCAUUCCACUUCUUUGCCAUUAAAGAUGCGAUCGCAAGUGCACGUAAAGAUGCAGCUUAUGGAACGGGAGCAUUCCAAUUACAUUCUCCUGCUACUCCAGAGAGGAUUCGUUUGGCUUGUGCUGAUGAGAUUGUUACAAAAGCUCAAAUUGGAGCAGAGCCAAGCAGUAGUGACGAAAAGGGAUUCUUUGUCUCGAUUAUGUAG